UGAAACCUGCGCUCUGCUGCAAGAAAAGCGGGCAUAAAUUAGUCCUGAUUCGUUCUUUCUAGCAGUAGGUGGCUGGGCAAUCGGUAUAUGCAGAAUUCUUCAUUAGCCAUUACAUGAGUGAGAAACAGGAGGAAAAUUGUUCAGUAUGGGAACUGGAAAAGAACUGCGGAUAUUGUCGUGGAUGGAGAAAAGAAUUUAAAGGGCAAAAGUUACAAAGCUUGGUUUCUUACAGGGUAAAAAUGAAUGUAGGAGUUGCCCACAGCGAGGUAAAUCCAAACACGCGGGUGAUGAACAGUCGUGGAAUGUGGCUGACGUACGCGCUCGGAGUAGGCAUGCUGCACAUUGUCUUGCUCAGCAUUCCUUUCUUUAGUGUCCCUGUCGCCUGGACUUUAACAAAUGUGAUUCACAACCUGGGAAUGUAUGUGUUUUUGCAUGCAGUAAAGGGAACUCCUUUUGAAACACCUGAUCAGGGGAAAGCUAGGCUACUAACACACUGGGAACAACUGGAUUAUGGAGUACAAUUUACAUCUUCAAGAAAAUUCUUCACAAUCUCUCCUAUAAUUCUGUACUUCCUGGCGAGUUUCUACACAAAGUAUGAUCCGACACACUUUAUCCUCAACACAACCUCUCUCCUGACCGUGCUUAUCCCCAAGCUGCCACAGUUGCAUGGCGUUCGAAUCUUUGGCAUCAAUAAAUACUAAGCAGAAGGUUUGACACUGACUGCCCCUGACAUGGCUACUGGUGCUCCCCAGGUGAAGGAAACGAGUAGUCUGCUGUGCCAUGUAUCUAAUCGUAUUCAAUGAGAGGUGCUUUUACAUCUGAGAUACAAUUCCUACUUCCUGCAGCAUUGUCUGGGAUGAAAGCUGAGAUUAUAAGCAGAUACCUUCAAAUACUUAAAUGUGACCCGGAAACCUCCAGAAGAAAGAUUUCUCUGAAGAACUGGGCAGGCCCAGCUCUAGAGCGUGAUCACCACUAAGACUGUAGGUGUGCCUGGCUGAUGCAAGUGACUUGUAAGGAAGGUGCGAGUAACAGUUGAAACGGAGAGUAAGGUUUCACAAAUACCCGGUCAACCAUCAUGCAAAUGGUAACUUUACGUACAAAUCCAGGACCCUCAAAGCCAAGGACUGCUGAGGCCGCAUUCUUAGAUUAAGUGAAGGGGGCUAGUUUCUGCUGUAUGGAUUGUAGGUGGUUGUGCUUGUUAUUGCAUUGUAAAAGUUUGUCUCACAGUAAAUACUGUGACAGCUAGCAUAAACUGACGGUGUAAUUCACGCCCUAUCUGUUCUUGUGAUUUAUUUUUUUUUUGUCACAAAGACGGAAGAAAGUCCUUAGUUGUCAGCUCAGGGGAUUUCUACAUCAACUUGAUAGCUCAGUUUAUGUACGCUUUUACAAGUUGCUACUGUUGUGUUUAUUUCGUUUUGCUUACCAGGAUACUGACUUUUCUAUGUGUAAAUGGGACAUCCUGAAAAAUUGAAAUUCCUUUUAAGGUGUGGAUUUUUGACUAUUUUCUCUGAGACUUGAUUGAUGGGUUAUUUUUCAGUAGUUGAGAGGCCUGUAACGGUGGGGGAAAGGGUUGCUGCUGUUGUAGGAGCAGCAGCUCCAUUACACAGCAACAAUGUCAGAACACGUAAGAGAAACUCUGUGUAGGUCCUAAGUUAGAGUAGAAGCCGAACUAGAAGUAGGUGAAUAGGCAAAUCACAUGGACUAACUGUAUGCUUUUGCAGAAAAAGCUAUAGAUAAUUUGCAUGUCUUGGAAAUGUGGAGGAAUGCUGUGUUUUAGGGGUACCGUGUAGGACGGAGUAACUUGUAUAUCAUCAACUCUGGAACUAGAGUGCAGGAGGUACAUCUAGAGCUCUGAGCACUUGCUUCUCUGUCGUGGAAAAAGGAUGAAUUCUGAAGUCUACCAUAUGUCUGCCAGCCAAAACCGGCUCGGAUUUAACAGAAGACUCCAUGUAAGACUCGAUUUACAUUUUGGUUGCAGUGACAGCCAGUGAGCUGGAA